AUGAGCAACGACGACUCUUGGGUUUCUCAAGGUCGAACACAGGAGUUUCACUUCCAGGCUUGCACGGGUACUCGGUGGCGUCAAAUUGACGCCGAGCCGAAUCUGGGCCACAUCCAACUGAACGACAUUCCGGAAGAUAUCGACAUGAUCUUGCUCCAAGUUGGAGCUAACAACGUAAACUUUGCGAACCUCGCAGCUGCCUGCAUCUUUGCGCCGGAAGGAGCAGAUUGGGGCCCAGAGUACCCAGACCAGGCCGGCAAGUGCGCCAAGGAGAUCGAGAAUACUGCUACAUAUAUUCAUGGCGGGUGGAAGGAUCAGAAGAACCCUAACUUUAGGCUGUUCUUUUCUGGCUAUUUCCGCUUCUUCUAUGAUGAAGGUGGUGCGGGUGAUUGGUGCGACGACGUCAGCUUUGCCAUGCGUAGGAGUGAUCGUCCGAGGUUGAGCCUCGCCCUGAGGAAGAAGAUCAAUGAACUCAUUGUAUCUCUCAAUUCUGCCAUAGAGGCUGGCAUACAGGGUAGCUUCCAUGCGGAGCGCGCAACCUUCAUCGAUAUCGAUGAGCACCUUGACGAGCAACGCUUUUGUCAACCUGGUCAUGUCCUCCGUGAUCAGUUCUUCGGCGACAAGGUCUUUCUCUGGAACAUGUCUCCGGAAGGUAUAAUUUGGGACAGUGGAUCGGGCAAUGUUGUCAUUCGUGAGCCAACGGAAGCCGAGGUUGACCAUUGGCUCGAGCACGGCAACUUCACCAACGAUCCGCAUGAGAUCCCCUGGGACAUGGCCGUGGCAGUUAAUUUCAUUCGUCAAGGAAAGGAUGCCUACACUGAGAGCGAUCCGAGCAACAUCCAAUGGCUGGACAAGAUCGGCCCGGCCACUCUCGAUGCCGAUGCACACCCAGUUAUCGUGCCAUCAUUGCCGCAAGAGACGCCCAAGCACUCUAUCCUGAUUAUCUUAUUCAGCCUACCGGGUCUUCGAUGGUGGAGGCUUUUCCAAGGCCCGCAGGGUAUUGCUAUCUCUGCUGUUUGCAACCCCAUCGAUAGUCGCUUCAAGAUCCUCCACGAAAAGGUCACGUGGGAUAUGUUCCAGAACUCGGCUAAUCCCGACUCUCCACCUGUGACGGUUAUGAGGAGAAGCAGAUCACGUGUUGGUGGUCUGGUGCUGCUUCCUCACUUUAUUGAGCACCUCUUACUUCAGCUGGAUCAUAGAUACGUCAUGUAA